UGGCUGCGGGUAGAUACCCAAACGAUAUUAACGAUAGCCAGUCACGUUAUCACGAAGAACCAUCGGAUAGCUGUUUCUCACAGCGAUCAUCGCACGUGGUUCCUUCAUAUACGAGAAGUAAAAGAAUCUGACAGGGGAUGGUACAUGUGCCAGAUCAAUACGGACCCGAUGAAGAGUCAAACUGGUUACCUCCAAGUUGUUGUACCUCCAAAUAUUUUGGAUUAUCCAACGAGCACGGACAUGGUGGUGCCAGAAGGCAGUAAAGUGAGUUUACACUGCGAAGCGACGGGAUCACCGGCACCUAACAUUACCUGGCGACGCGAGGAUGGCCAGGACAUAACCUUGAGCAACGGGCAGAAAGUUCAGAGCAUCGACGGGCCAAAUUUUAAUAUUUCCAAAGUAACACGAGUACACAUGGGCUUCUAUCUUUGCAUCGCAAUCAAUGGCGUGCCCCCAUCAGUUAGUAAAAGAAUUAUGCUAACAGUUCAAUUUCCGCCCAUGAUUUCGGUGCAGAAUCAAUUGGUGGGCGCCCACGAGGGACAACAGUUGACUCUAGAGUGCCACUCGGAGGCUUAUCCUAAAUCCAUCAAUUAUUGGACAAGGGAUAAGGACGAAAUAGUUCCGCAAGGAGGAAAAUACGAGCCUAUACUACUGGACAACGCGUAUAAAGUUCAUAUGAAGUUAACAAUCAACUCUGUCAGUGCAUCGGAUUUUGGAUCGUAUAAAUGCGUCUCUAGAAACGCAUUAGGAGACACUGAUGGCACCAUCAAAGUUUACCCAAUGUCAUCUUCGAAUUCUACUAGUAAUACAAAAUACAAAGGAAAAUUGAGGCACAAUUCGGGAAAUGAUAUUUUCGAGGGAAAUCAAGAUAUGCUGAAAGAAAGAGAUCUGAAGUUACGAGGCUUCAAAGAAACCAGCGGAAACGAAGAGGACGAUUACGAAGAUUCCGGCGCGGCGUCGAACGAAAACUCUUUCAGCUUGAUUUUCGCUUUGGCCACGUUCACCAUUUACCUUCACCAUCAUCCCCAGUUAAGAACGCUGCAUCCGGCUUGAGGAACGACCCCCGCUGUGCCAGCACAUCAUCAUCGGAUCCUCCUUUCGAUCGCCAUCCAUCGAAAAUUUGUAAAUCCACUUCGACAUCCAUCGCUCAGGGACUCCAUGCCGAGGAUAAAUUUAAAUCACGAAACCGCGCUGACCACUCACGACACACUUGUAUUAUAAGACGACAUAUUAUUACUAUGAUUAUCAUCAAUCAUUCACGAUUGUGUAACGACGUUAGCUAUCGUAAGUUAUUCGAUAAAACUGUAAUUGCGUUUAGAUAUAAGAGACGGGGAUGAACGAGGGAAUUGUUCUCAUCGCACGUAUGAAUUACGUCACGUAGCGAGCAAUAAGUAACGGAACACGCGAAGAUUUUGUGCUGGAAUUGAAUUUGCAGGCGUGUGGUGUAACGAGCCUGGAUCAUGCUCGAUGGAACACUUCGAACCGUAGUCAGUAUCGACUAUUUAUUUCCUAGCUUUCGUGUAAUUCGUUAAACCGGUAGUGGUAAAAUCGUGUUUGCUGCGUUCUACUUUUUCGUGCCCUGUGUAAUUUUCGUGUAUCGUUCGGGUGUGAGCUUAGAAACGUGCGUAGUCGUUCGUUUGCCAUGUUUCACGCGUUAGACUAGAGAUAAUAUAUUAUCGUUUAAUUUAUCGAUCGCAAAUAUAUUAAUAUAUAUAUUUAUUAUAUAUAAUAAGCUGCAAGCGUUAAUAUGUGUAUUCGGUAUUAAUUUAUUCAUUGAUUAAUUUUAUACGAAGCACUCCGACAUCGAUCCUCGAAAUUUUCUUGUUUCUCGCUCAGUCGCGUUUUUAUUUCUCGCGGUGCAGACAGGUUAUAAUUAAGAAUGAUCCGACAAAGGAAAACGAAGAUAAUAAUAAAAAUAAAGUAAGGAACAUAUAUAAAAUCUUGUAGAUUUUCUCGCGGAGCGUACGUAAAAGCGUUCGCAGGGAAGGCGCUUGUGUCUAAAAUUUGUAGAUUAUUCGAGUUAUUACGAUUCCUUCGAAAAAA